CCCGCGGCAAAUUGCUUCUAACGGAUCUGGCGGGAAAGUAAAUUCAAAAGAAUUUGGAGGUCAUGAGGAACUAUGGCGGAAAGAGAACUGUGGCGGGAAAGGGAUGGCACGACGAAGGUCCCGCCGGGGUAGCCGGCACGAGGGAAGAAAAUCAGCGCGUGAAAUGGAAGCGCGCGUACCGUGCUGACGUCGUGGGGUUCACGUCCUUGGCCAGAGCAGGAGGUGCACGAUCCGAAUGGAUGCCUUACAGAGGGAGAGCGCACAUACGAAGAGGGGAGGAGGAGGAGGAGGAGGAGGAGGAGCAGGAGGAGGCGGAGGCGGCCGCGGGGUUGAUCGCCGGUCGAGAGGCAUCAUCUUCAGAGAGAUUGCCGUCAAUCACGACCGUGAUGGGGGGGCACGUAUUGUCGCUUGUAGAUCUCAGCAGUGCUGUCGUUGCAUGCCACGUGGACAAGUUCACGUGGCAAUUGGACAUCCUCCCGCCAGAAAUCGGGCUGAUGGUAUGGCGCGAAGUUGUCAAGCGACCUGAGCGGGUCAGUUUGAGUGUACUACAGGCUUUUGCAAGGGCUUUCUGGAGGCCGUGCCACGUGGAUCUCUCCGGUUGUGCCGGGCUAAUCUAUCCGUCUCCUAAAAGCUUAAGGCAUUUAGAGGCGGUCUCAACGUCUCUAGUCCGGCUCAACCUUAGUGCCUGCGCUUGGCUCCAGGAUCUAAGUUUCCUAAAAUUGCUGAUCAACUUACAGUGUCUGAAUCUGCGGGAUUGCUUCCAGUUGAAUGGCUCCCAUCUGGCUGACCUCCAAGAAUUGCAAGAACUGAGGUGCCUCAACCUGGAAAACGUUUAUGGGAUCGAUGACAUGUACGCUGCGUUCUACCUCCCAAGAGUUCCUAAUCUGAUGGCUGUAAACUUGAGUGGGACGGCAAUCGGCGAUCUACUGAUUGAGACCGCAACAUAUGGUUUGCGAUUGAAGAAUUGGAGCGAGAGGUCUCAAAGAGUGCAAACGUCAAAGGCCGGCGGAGAUGCCGCACAGCUGGGCGAACACUUUCGUUGUCGUGAUCAGGCAUGUGCAGUGAGAGUAGGCGGUCCUGGGAUGGGCCCAGGUUAUCUUUCAGAAGACUGUGUGGGAACAAAAGGAGUCAGCAGUGCCAGUCUGUUCAGCUCAGGGAAUCUUCAACAACAUAGCCAUCGGAAUGAAAGCAAUGAAAUGGAAGAUCAUCAUCAUGGGGUCAUGGCUUGCAGUGAGCGACGAGGUUCGCUGGCCGACUUGCAGGGCAAUGCUGAAUCUUGUGGCGUGCGAAGUGAUAGCGGCGCCAGUUCUUUUGAGGGAUGGCCAAUUUGCAAUUGGAAGUAUCUGAGUGUGAAACGAACAAGGGUCACAAAUGCCAUUGUCAGCCAUUUGGUCGCGCUCCAGGGCAUAGUCUUUCUUGAUGCGCGGCAAACAGAAGUCACCGGCAAGGCGCUUCAACCUCUCAAGUCGAAAUUCAAGAUGUUGACGCCGCCGAAUAAUUCGAAGAUUCUAAGCCGCUCGAAUUCUCUCCUCGUUUCAGCAGACCGCGGUGUCUGUGCAUGUGAUGGACUGAGAAAUACAGGGGUCCUUGCCCCUCUAGCCGGCGCAAAGCGAGCUUGGAUGACUGAGUGGGAGCAAGAGGGUAUGCAGAUGCUGCUGCAGUCUGAGGCAGGUGCUCAAUAGGCUGUCUAUUCCGUGCUGGCUGGCCGUCAAGAUCUGUCGUCUAUCCGUCGCCAACGAAGCGCCCACAGUACUUGUGAUUUAGGAAAACUUGCCCAUCUUAGGAUAUCUUAUCCACAGGAAGAAAUCUUAUCCACUGUGGAUAAUCCAAGGGGGAAAAAAAAAAGAAAAAAAAAAAGAAAAAAAGAAGGAAAGGUAAUAGGCAUUCCGAUGCCCAACAAACAACAGGUCCUGGAUUAAGUUGACAGGUUGGAGAAUGAAAUAGAAAUUAAAAAAUUAUUAAAUUAGUAAAUGAAAUGGAAUUUA